CAGUUCGCCAGUUCGCGUGCACCGGCGACCGAGCGCGGUCAAACCUAUCGCUCCUCGGCACUCGCGCUGAUAAGCCGGCAUUCGGCAAUUCAAUUUCACUCGACUCGCUCGAGUUUUCCGGCUCGGACUACAUUUACCAAUUUGAAUUUCGUAUUCGUGCGCGCCAUACUCGAAACUGUCGGGUAUUUUUUUCGAAUUAUACUUUUAAAUAGUGACGGAUGAGUGAGUUUUCGUUGUCUAAGCUGUGGGUGCGCGAGGAAGGCGCCAUGGAGAGCUGCUAUAAGCUAUACACUUGGAUCAACCACACGUUGCUGAUGCUGCUGAUCCAGAUCUUCUGGAAGAUGAGCCAAAUAUCGGACUAUUUCAAAGAAAAGUCCGUAGAAGACUCGAAGAAAGAAACAAUUUUCACAGUCGCACCUCUCACAAAGGAAUCCAAAUUCAGACGGCACAUCCGGUCCAUGUCGGACGUCCAGAGCAGCACACCCUACAAACUAGCCUUCAGGUCAAGACAGGGUAGCACACACACGCUCAUGUACGACUCCGACACGAGAGCGAGACGGAUCCGGUCCUACAACCUCCACAAACAGCAGGAGUCCUCCGAUUCUAGCGACUACGUGGAACCGAGGAAACUCCGAAGUAUAGAACACAACAUACUAAAGCACACAGAUUCCAUGAGAAUUCUAUAGAAUCUGAUUUAUAGUUGAGGCUGUACCGUCUAGUUAUACUAGAUCGGGAUCAUGUCGGACUUGGUACUGUGUUCUAUAGGACCGGAAACUAUAUGCUGCACAAGACGAAGGAGAACCGGCGUGAUACUAUGGAAUAGACUUUUGUGAUUCCUUUUAUGAGACUGUGAUGAGGUAGAAUAUUUAGUUUUUAGUUAAGUCAGUAAAGAUAAGUAUUCUAAUAGAAUACCAAUUAUGUGAUUUAGGGAGUACGAUAGUAAUACCAUUUUUUUAAUGAUGAUAAUUAUGUUUAAGGAUGGUGUUAAAAGUGAAUAAUGUUCUAUUAAACAGUUCCACACAAAUGAGAUACUUCUUAAUCCCCUUAAAAUUUUCAAGAUUGUUUAGAAAUUUAUUAAGUGUAAUUGAAUUCACAUUUUAAAAGUUCUAAGAGAGCUUUACAUUUUUGUGCCAUGAAGUAGAUUUUUUAAUAUUUUUCAAAAUGUUAUGAUUGUUUAAUAAUUCUGUUCUUUUUGAUAAACCAUGUCUUACUUAUAAAAAUACAUGCCAAAAAUAUGGUAUUCAUAAUUAUGUAGGUACAGUCAGCUGCGAAACAUGUGUUGCGAUUGAAAUGAUAUAUUCAGGCUUAAAAUAUUUAAAAAAUGGAAGUGUAAGUUGUCUAAGUAUUUGUAGCUUACUGUACUUACAAUUUUUUUUGAAAUAUAAUUAUUUAAUUAGACUUAACAGAACUGAUUUCAUUAAUUCAUGAAAAACAAGACGAAAAUAAUAAAAAAUGCCUAUUGUUUUCUUAAGAUCUCUAAACAUAUAUAUCUAGCCACGUGCCGCCCUCCAUACAAAAUUCUGGCUAAGGAAGUUUAAAACUAGUUCUAUUUUUGAAUUUCAUUAGUUCGAAAAAUUUAUCAGACAAAUGAAAUGCUACUUUGUUUCUUUUUAAUAAAGAUUGACAUUUCAUCAAAGCGGUAUGCACAUCCAAAUGGACAUUGGGCGGCACGAGGCUAGAUCAUUUAAUCUAACUAUGUUAUUCAAAAGUCCUAAUCGUUUACUUGUAUAAUUAUGUAGCUGCCUACUUAUGACAAAAAGAUUAUUUCGCGAUAGUGACAGGUAGGUACUUAUCUAGGUAAGUAUAUUAUACAGAUAGGAAAAAUUGUGACCACGUGCCUUGUAGUGACGAGUGUAAGUAAUAAAAUAAAUACUACAGUCAGACCAAGCUAAGUUGGCAGCGAUUUUGAUAGCACAGCCAGUGCAAGUGUUAUUUUAGACGUCAAACUUCUAUGAAAUUAUGACCUUCACUUAACACUUGCACUGGCCGGGCUAUCAAAUUCGCGGCCAACUUAUCUUGGUCUGAUUCUAUCUACCUAUCUGUAAUAUCUGUAUAUGUGAUUAAGAGGUAACAUUAUGCUGGAAUUGCACUUGUAAAGUUAUAAGUUUUACUUGCGUAAGUAUUGCGACGAAAUAUUUUUUAAAACAAGACAAGUGAUAAGUAAUUCAGUACCCCUAAUGUAAUUAAAUUCGAUUUUGAAACGUGACGUACGCGUUUGCGUUUAGUCUCAUUUUGUAUUGGAUUUAGAAAGAGCGCGCCAAGCGGGACGUUUUGGAAACUCAAAAUCCUAUACAAAAUGAGACUUAACGCAAACGCGUUCGUCACGUUAUGAUGUCGAUAAAAUUUACACUAGGGGUACUGAAUUACAGUUGCGUCCUGCUUAAGUGAACUCAAAGUCCAAGGCACAUCACAUAUAAGCUGAUUUGAUUUUCUGAAUUUCAUCUGUAUCUUACAUAUUUUAUAAGCUCGUAUAGGUAUUUUAGCGCUGACGAGGCCGGAACAGCGCUGCAGUCCCGAGUUAAAUUCCUAAACCAUUUAAGUACAUUCUGGUUUUGUUCCUAUCUAAUGAAAUGUUUGAUCGAUUUUCGAUUUGGAUUUUUAUAUUUGACAUAGUUCAGUACCCCUAGUGUAAAUAAAUUCGAUUUCGAAACGUGACGUACGCGUUUGCGUUUAGUCUCAUUUUGUAUUGGAUUUAGAAAGAGCGCGCCAAGCGGGACGUUUUGGAAACUCAAAAUCCUAUAUAAAACGAGACUUAACGCAAACGCGUUCGUCACGUUAUGAUAUCGAUUAAAUUUACACUAGGGGUACAGAUUAAUUUUUAACAAGCAGAAACGUCUGCGAACGAUGCUAUUAAGCUUAGAAUAAAAUAUAAAAGUGGAAAAAUUACUGUCUUGGGUAAGACUUGAACUCACGGCCUCUGGAUCGAUACUCAGAUGGCAGAGCGCUGGAGUAUCGAUCCAGAGUCCGUGAGUUCAAGUCUCACCCAAGACAGUAAUUAUUCCACUUUUAAAUUUAUACUUCAGAUUACUUAUAGCCAAUUGCAUCAAAAUUUUGGAAAUGGAAUGAGAAAGAAAUACGUAUUCUAUGUCAAAAUGUUUAAUUUUUUUGCGUUAAUGUUGUUGGAUUUGUAUACUUGCUGGGCUUCUGCUUGUGACCUUUAGUUUUAAGGUUUACGCACUCUUUGAGGUUUAUGUAAGCUAAAAUUAAACAUAUCAAAUAGGCAUAUCAGGUGGAGACAGAUAACUAUUGAUGAUAUCGAUUUUAAAUAUUAGCUUUAUAUAAGAAAAAAUGAGCGUAAUGUUUCCUCUUAAAAGUUUGAUCUGAAAAGAACUAAGAUUGUAUUAACCCAUGAAUUAGGUAGGUGCAGCUACAGUUUCAGUUCUAAUUUGUUUUUUAACGAUUAAAUUGAUAAAACCAUA